UGGCUGCCUUGCCAACCUUCAGCAGCAUCCUGACACCACAAUGCUGUGCGUUCAGGGUGUGGCCGGCACUCUAAUCCUGGGCGCAAUCCUCCUGCAAUCGGCCAGGGCAAGCUUACCCGUCGGCUGCCUAAAAGUAUCUGACAUCCUCAGCUGCAGCAACCUUGCCUUAAAGGUCAUACCUAAACCGCUGCCGGUGACAGCUGCCACCCUGGAUUUUAACCACAACAAUCUGACGAAGCUAGAGGAAGGCAGCUUCAGCGGACUGCCGCAUCUCGUAACUCUGCGGCUGGCCCAUAACUGGCUGACCACCCUCUCCCCGGGGACCUUUCAAAACUCGACAACUCUGCGCCACCUCGACCUUUCCUCCAAUCAGCUGAAGAGGGUCGCUGAUCACUACUUCCAGGAGCUUGUCGCGAUGGAGGAGCUGCUUCUGUUUAAUAACCAAAUUGUCAGAGUUGAGAGCAAAGCCCUGAUUAGCCUGAGCAACCUGCGCAAGGUCUACCUCAGCCAUAACCGCCUGACUGACUUCCCUUUCCUCUCCAUUCAGGGGGACAGCCAUCCCUUUCUUGUUACGCUGGACCUUAGCUCGAACCGCAUGCUCAAGCUCCCUGUUGAGAACAUAUUAGCUUUGCCGGCAACCGUUCAGGGAGGAUUAUUCUUACACAACAAUAGUCUAGUUUGCGAGUGUUUGAUGUAUAGCAUGUUUAGGCAAUGGGAACAAAAAGGAUUCAUCCCAGUCAAGGAUUACCAAGUUGAGCACACUUGUUUAGUGUAUGGGGAACCUCGUGCCUCAGUGCAGUUUCUCAAACAUACUCGCUUCUUUGAAAACUGCACUGUCAGGCCACCGGACACUGAGGGCACAGACAGUUUGAAAGUGCAGGCAGGAGAAUCAGUGCUGCUGGAAUGUCAGACUUCAUUAAAGGGACAGCGUCUUUACUAUCGGUGGGUGACCCCUCACAAGGAAUAUAUUGUUCCACCGGGCAACAAUCAUUCACUGCGAAUGUAUUCAAAUGGAAGCCUGGAGAUCAUUUCAGUCAAAACAGAAGACUCCGGCAUCUACUGGUGCAUGGUAGAGGAUCUUCAACAGUUACAGAAUGAGACGCGGGAGAUCAAUGUAACUGUGACAAUGCAUCAACACGAGGUCGAACCUUUCAACACAGGCUUCACGACUCUGUUGGGAUGUGUGGUUAGCCUGGUUCUGGUUCUGAUGUACCUUUACUUGACACCCUGCCGCUGCUGGUGCCGCAAGCAGCCACUGCCCACAACUCCCAGCCCUGCAAACGAAUGCAGUGCCCAGUCAUCAAUUCUGACACCGACGCCACCCGCUACCACGGAGGGUCCAGGCCGCAAGGUCAGUAACAACAAGCAUGUGGUCUUUCUGGAGCCCAUCAAGGAGGCACAAAACGGAAGGCCCACAGAGGCACUGAUGUCCGAGCAUCCAAAGCAGCACAUACUACGAAACGAUGGUGACUCUGUCAACUUGGUGUUUGCAGACUCCACUAUAGUGCCAUAACAAAAGGUUACCCUCAUCUCCAACCCCUCAUUCCACUUAAAUAGUGGGUACAUCCACAUGGCAGUCUGCAGCUUCUACUGUUUCUCAGGGCUUGUCAAGUUGGCAAACUAGGGGGUGCAAUAAGCACAAGAAAGCAGAGAGCAAAAAGAAAAUGGUAAAGGACAGGUAAGGUAAGAAAGCCAAUGUAGCCAAACACUGCCCAAUUACCGAGCUUAACGAGCUUUUGCAGACCAGUGGAAAGAUACGCAUGUUGCUUUGGAUGCAAAUGCAUUAUGGGUUGGAUCUACUCUGUUAACCCUGCUUGAGCCUUGAAGGAAUCAUAGCCGUCUAGUAGAUGCCUUGUUUAGAGCUUAAAAGCCUCUGCCUUGUACCGUAUAACCCUUUACUCUACAUAAAUAGCACAACUGGUAUGAGAGAGGAUGGAAUGUAAUAGUUAUACAUAGAUUUUCUAAAUAAAUCUAAAAUUGAUUUUGUUCAUAUUUGAUUUUCUUUUAUUGAUGUUUACCCCUUAUAGGAAUUUCGACAGUUGUUACAGUAAGUGGAAGUGUACCUGUUUAGCAAGUUUGCUAGAAAUAUGUACCUAACGUGUGGUUGUACGUGGAAAUCAUCUUGUAGAGCAGCAACAGACUGAAAAGACACUGAAUAAUGAAUUGCAUUGGAAAACACCCCUUGAUCACCACCCCUUAUGCCAACGUUUCUUUUUUUUCACCUCUCCCUCCCCCCCAACAGAUAUCUAUUUUUUUUAUCAGUCUCUUAAUAAACCAUUUUGCUUCGACUCCA